UACAUUGCAUCUACCUUAAGGUAGACGCUAACACCGAUACGGCCAAUUAAGCGAUUCCCACACUCGACGAUUUGCGCUUCGUGAACUUUUCGAAAUCGUUCAAGGUCGACAACGAUAGAGCAGAACUCCGGUCCAUCGAAACCUCCUCAUUCCCGCGAAUCCCACGAUCCCGACCCCCAUACAAAAUGGCUACCAACAACGUCUCCGCAGACCUCGUCUGGGAACUUGUCCGCAACAACAACUCCUACCUCGUCAGGCGCAAGGAGUUCGGCGGUGUUCGAUUCUCCCGAGACCCCCUUAACCUGGUCAACGUCCACAACCGCAAGCAUGCCGGAUUCGUGAACACCAAGGCUAUCGGUAUCCAUCCCGCGGAGAAGAAGGGUGUCAAGGUCCUCAGCAAGAAGGAGUCUGCUGUCCAGAAGCCCGCCAAGUCCAUCACCGAGGUCGUCUACCACGGCGGCAAGCCCACACGAAAGAUCUACAAGGCCGUCGCCAGCAGGACCGCCAAGUCCGGCUACCGACCCGACCUUCGUGAGGCUGCUGUCGCCCGCGUCUCUGCCAUCCGCCGGUCCCAGCGGGAACCCAAGCCCACCCCCGAGAAGAAGCCCCGAGGCGCCAAGGCCAAGAAGGCCGCCGCCCCGGAGUCGUAAGCGUUGUAUAAUCCCUGGGGGGUGUGAUAGAUGGAUGGAAUACCUAACUACCUAAGGUAAUGACUGCAGAGAUAACUAAGGCCGGCCGGCAAAUAAGGCAUAGGUAUGCAUUUUUUUGGUAGUCAAUCCAAGUUUCCAAGGCGUCUUGAGGAAAACCCUUCGAACGAAAAA